GUUUGACAAUGACCUUGGGCGCCCGGCGAUUUUUUUUUUGCAGUUUUGUGGUAGGUACCUGGAUGGUGGUGGUACAGUCUACAUGUAGAUAGGUACUUAACAAGAAUAAUUUAUCGAUAUACUACAAUUUACAUUACAAUCUAUCUACUAUUGAAGUCGGCAUUUUCAACAUCAUAUUACCGGAAAAAUAAAAUCAUGGAAACUUUGGAAUUAGUUUCUUCAAAUAAAAUCUUUGGGGGUUACCAGAAGGUGUAUUCUCAUGCAUCAACAGAACUUGGAUGCAAGAUGAAUUUCUCAAUUUAUCUGCCACCUCAGGCAGACGGUGGAGAUGUGAAGCUGCCAGUUGUAUUCUAUCUCUCUGGUCUCACAUGCACUGAACAAAACUUUGUAACUAAAUCUGGAUUUCAAAGAUAUGCAGCAGAGCAUGGCAUAGUUGUUGUGGGACCUGACACAUCCCCAAGAGGUGUGAAAAUAGAUGGUGAUGAUGAGUCCUGGGAUUUUGGUGUUUCAGCUGGAUUUUACUUAGAUGCUACCAAGAAACCAUGGUCAGAGAAUUACAGAAUGGGUAGCUAUGUCAAUAAAGAGUUGUAUGAAGUAAUACUGAAUGCUUUUGGCAAUAUUGUAGACCCUGGACGUAUUGGUAUUAUGGGGCACAGUAUGGGUGGACAUGGAGCUCUUGUAUCAACAUUACGAAACCCUGGUCUUUACAAAUCAGUGAGUGCCUUUGCCCCAAUAUGCAAUCCAAGUGCAUGCCCAUGGGGUAAGAAAGCUUUUUCUGGGUACCUUGGUGAGGACAAGAACCAAUGGGCUGAAUGGGACGCUACUGAACUUGUUAAGAAAUAUGAUGGACCUCCACUUACUUUGCUAAUUGAUCAGGGUGCUGGAGAUAAGUUUUAUAUUGAAAAGCAGCUUCUUCCAGAAAAUCUGGUUGCAGCUUGUCGGUCUGUUGGUGUCCCAGUAAUACUCAAUUUGAGAGAGGAUUAUGACCAUUCUUACUACUAUAUUUCUACAUACAUUGGAGAACAUUUUGACUUUCAUGCAAAGAUCCUCAAAGCUUAGAAAGAGCAUACAUUAUUGGUAUCUGUAAAUAAAGUUUAUUUCUUUUUAUA